GGGCGGAGUGGGCGGAGCUUACGUCCAGGCACCAUGGCUUCGGUAGAAACCGAGCCCGCUGGUCUAGCCGUGGAUAAUGUUGCAUCCUUCAAAAAGGAGGAACUCGAUCCUCCAAUCGGUGAAGAGGAGCAGACAGACGGAGACAGAAUGGUAGCGGCAAAGCUGGCCUCUCCAGUUGCAGCAGAGGCGAUGCUCAACGGCACCGACUGCGACGACACGACGCACAAGAACCUGCUGACGAGCAACAAUAAGACUGUUCCGUUGCUGAAUGAAAAUGGCACAUCAGACACGGAGCCCCCGCACGCUUCUGUUACCGGAAGCAACGGAUUAAUUCUCACUAAGCAGCCGCAGGAAGCUGCGGGUUCGGGAGUUUCCCCUCACAGGACUAACGGGUCGCCUUCGGGCUCGCCGGCCGGGGAUCAAACAGCCAAACCCCUCCUCGACGCCUCGGCAUCAGCAGGGGGUGCGCCGAGUCCAGGUGCUUUAAGGACUGCCCCUAGUACUGGGACUUUGUUGGGACAGGGGACAUCGGAGACUAAAAAUAGCCCCGCUUCAUCUCCUGUCUCGACUUCAGCGCCCGUUACCGUGCACAGAGCCCGAAAGACCAUGUCCAGACCUGCGGUCAGCCCGGCUCAGAAGCUCCUGAACAGAGAAUUAAGACAAGCAAAGAGUGCCAAACUGGAGUCUCAGCUCGUGCCGGACGUUCAGAGUUCCUCGCAGCCGCCAUCCGUUCUGAACCAUCUACCUCUGAGCCCACCAGACAGGCCCGCUUCAGCGCAAGCGGCUUCACCAGCAGCUCCUUCAGCUUCACCAGCUCCUGCCAAGCUCCAUUUAGGACCGUACGCCGGUGGGUUUUCAUCUCGGAAGAAGAGGAGGAGGAUGGGAAUGUACAGCCUGGUGCCCAAGAAGAAAACCAAAGUUCUUAAGCAAAGAACCAUGCUGGAGAUGUUUAAGCAGCUACAACAGUCUGCGAAGAUCCCACAGGUGAAAGAGGUGGCAAAUGUAAACGGGGAGAAGGUUGGAAACAGAUCUGAGGAGGAAGAGUCGGAAGAGGCGGAGUCUGAGGACGAAGAGCGGCGGCGGCAGCAGCGAGCUGGAGAACCUGCUGCUGCCGUCCAGGAAACAUCUGGAUCCAUGAAUCAGGAUGAUCAGGAGUCUGACGAGUCUGACGAAGAGGAGGGCGCAGAGUCCGACUUGAGCACCGAGUCCGCUCUGAAGAAGCUGAAAAAGAAGGCGAAAGCCGACAGCGCUUGGCUCCGCCCCUCCAGGAAACGGAAAAGGAGGAUGAUCAGCAAAGAACCGGAGACGGAAGUUCAGCCUCAGACUUCAGCUCACUCGGACAAACAGGAUCUCCCGUUCGAGUCGCCCAGUCUCGGCAAGACGUCUCCCAGUGACGAGACUUCAGUGUCAGCCAUCGAGGAGUCUCAGGAGCUCCCGCUCUGCAGCUGCCGCAUGGAGACGCCGAAAAGCCGAGAGAUCCUCAUCCUGGCAGACAGGAAGUGCAUGGCCACAGAGAGCGUCGACGGGCAGCUAACUCGCUGCCAAAGCGCCGUCUUGAAGCACGAGAUGAUGCGUCCCUCCAACUCCGUUCAGCUGCUGGUUCUGUGUGAGGACCACCGCAGCGGCAUGGUGAAGCACCAGUGCUGUCCCGGCUGUGGCUUCUUCUGCAGAGCGGGAACCUUCAUGGAGUGCCAACCAGACAUCUGCAUCUCGCACCGUUUCCACUGGGCCUGCGCCUCGGUGCUGAAAGGUCAGAGUUUCUGUCCUCACUGUGGAGAAGAGGCCAGCAAAGCCAAGGAGGUCACCAUCGCCAAGGCUGACACCACCUCCACAGUUCCUGAGGCCCUCGCACAUGGUCCGGCCACGCCGGGGGCCUCCGAGGGCCGGGCGGACACGACCACCGGAAGCUCUUCUUAUUUGGCUCCAGUGGCUGAAGUCAGCGGCAGGGCCGACAGUUCGCUCUCCGUACGUUCGUCCUCCUCUCAUGAGCUCGACAUCUCGGCUGUUCCCGGGUCGUCCAGGACCACCUCUCUGCAGGCCGGGACGGGAACCACAAGCCCUCCUGCGCUCCUGUCGGGAGCACCGAGGGAAACUCUGGAGAGCAUCCUGGCUGCUCUGGACAUGGAGAAACCUAAGAAACUUCGCUUUCACCCGAAGCAACUUUAUCUCUCGGCCAAACAAGGAGAGCUGAAGAGGGUGGUGCACAUGCUGGUGGACGGUAUCGACCCGAACUUUAAGAUGGACUCUCAGAACAAGCGAACGCCGCUGCACGCCGCGGCCGAGGGAGGAUUCACCGACAUCUGCCACAUGCUCGUUCAGGCCGGAGCCAACUUGGACACGUGCGACGACGACCAGCGGACUCCUCUGAUGGAGGCCAGCGAGAACGACCACAUGGAGGUGGUCCUGUAUCUGCUCCGAGCCGGGGCCAGCGCCACGCACAAGGACGCUGAAGGGUUCACGUGUCUCCACCUAGCAGCCAAGUCUGGUCAUUACCACAUCGUUGAGCAUCUUCUGUUGACGGGAUUCAUCAACAUCAACUGUCAGGAUGACGGCGGUUGGACGGCCAUGAUCUGGGCCACGGAGUACAAACACGCGGACCAAGUGAAGCUGCUGCUCUCCAAAGGAGCCGACCUCAGCAUCAGGGAUAAGGAAGAAAACAUUUGCCUCCACUGGGCAGCGUUUUCCGGCAGCGUGGAGAUCGCCGAGCUGCUGCUGAACGCCCACAGCGACCUGCAGGCCGUCAACGUCCACGGAGACUCUCCGCUGCACAUCGCCGCUCGGGAAAAUCGCCUGGAUUGUGUCAAACUCCUCCUGUCUCGAGGAGCCGACGUGUUUUUGAGGAACCGCGAGGGGGAGACUCCUCCCGACUGCUGCAGCCACAACUCGAAGGCGUGGGCCGCCCUGCAGGCCAACAGGAAGGAGAGGGACGCCAAGAGCGACCGGCUCAGCCAGGCAGAAGAGAAACUCCUUCACAGCGACGUGUCUUUAGGUCAGGAGCGAGUUCCCUUUCCUUGUGUGAACUCUGUCGACAGCGAACCUGUCCCAGACGACUACAAGUACAUCUCAGAAAACUGUGUCACCUCCCCCAUGAACAUCGACCGCAAUAUAACACACUUACAGUACUGCGUCUGUAAAGAGGACUGUUCUGCCAGUAACUGCAUGUGUGGACAGCUCAGCCUGCGCUGCUGGUACGACAAGAGCGGCUGCCUCCUGCCAGAGUUCUGCCGCGAGGAGCCUCCUCUCAUCUUCGAGUGCAACCACGCCUGCUCCUGCUGGAGAACCUGCAGGAACCGAGUGGUGCAGAACGGACUCAGGACCAGACUCCAGCUCUUCAGGACCAGUAAAAAAGGCUGGGGGGUCCGUGCUCUGCAGGACAUCCCACAGGGGACGUUCGUCUGCGAGUACGUGGGUGAAAUCAUCACCGAAGCCGAGGCGGAGCUGAGACAAAACGACGCGUACCUGUUCAGCCUGGACGACAAGCCUGAAGAUCUCUACUGCAUCGAUGCCCGUUUCUAUGGAAACGCCAGCCGCUUCCUGAACCACAUGUGCGAGCCGAACCUGUUCGCUUGUCGAGUCUUCACGACACACCAGGACCUUCGAUUCCCACACAUCGCUUUCUUUGCCAGUGAAAACAUCAAGGCUGGGGAAGAGCUCGGGUUUAACUACGGCGACCACUUCUGGGAAGUCAAAAGCAAGCAGUUCAGCUGUGAGUGCGGCUCCUCCAAGUGCAAGUACUCGUCGGUCGCCAUGGCGUCCCUGCAGGCCGACAGCACGCCGGAGGAGCAGCAGCAGCCCAGCGCCUUGCCGGACACCAGCUCUUCCACCAGUCCGUCGUAAUAACGAGCCCCGCCCCCACUCUGGACCUUCGAUCUGCGGCACUCGUACUGUAACUCCACUUCCCGUCGUUACGGAGGACCAUUCAUCAGAAGCCCUGGUCCAGACGCACAAUCAGAUCCCGGAAGAACUCCGUUAAUCCGUCACACGAACAAAAGGACGAGGGCACAGACCGCAGGACGAUGAAACCCGUCUGACGUUGCAUCCGUACCUUCACCGGGAAGGACAGCUGUGUAAAUGUCGUCUUUUUUUUGUUUGUUUUGAAGAUAACUUGAUGGACAUUGUUGUGAUGAGUUAACUUUCUGCGAGGACAACCUGAGCACACAGCUGGGGGUUCGUCCUCUGACCCCCGCGGUCAUUUUUCACCAACCAUUCCAGCAAACGGAGCUGAUUAAUUCAGAAUUUGUUGCCACGUUUUCGUGUCCUUUUGUCUUUCUCGUCGUGUCUCACGUUUGCCACCACAGCC